GUUUGCAGUGGCCACUGAGGGAACUCAACUGGAUUCAAGGAGUCUUCCUUUCCAAUAACUACUGGCAACAUGGUUAUGCUACGAGUUGAAGAUCUGGUGACUGGCAAGAAGAGUGAGGUUAAAUCCACGGGAUGGGAGGCCGAGCCGCGGAGGGUGCAAGAAGAGUUUGGAAAUGGAGAAUACUGUGCCGCGAUGGCAAUCGAGAAGCAGGAUGGGCUGAAAGCCCAGACAGAGCCAUUCCCCUUCAUCCCCAGCCACAGCCACCAGAAGGAGAAACUACAGCCAGUGCCACACAGCAAAAACAUAAAGCCAGCGGAGCAGAGGCUGAAACUUGAAACGAUAGAUGACCUUCAAUUCAUCGUUAGGUUGAAGAAGAAGAAGCAAUCUAAGGCCAUUGUUGUGGAGCCCCCAGCAGAGCAGGAAGCCGAGACUAUCACUGGACCUGUUGAUGUGGAAACCUUUUGGAAGGCGGCAGUGGACAACAAACUUGCUGUAAUUGAGAAAUACCUGGCGGAUGGGGGGCAUCCAGAUGUGUGUGACCAGUUUAACAGGACUGCCAUGCACCGCGCCUGCUCAGAGGGAAAUGGAGAGAUUGUACUGAAGCUACUAGAAGCCGGAGCCUCCAUUGAGUUUCGAGAUAUGCUCAAUGCAACGGCGGUCCAUUGGUCCUGUCGUGGUGGUAGCCUCGAAGUGCUGAAAACUUUGUUAAACAAAGAUGCAAAUGUAAACGCCAAAGACAAGUUAUCUAGUACUCCUUUGCACGUUGCUGUCAGAACUGGACACUAUGAUUGUGCUGAACACCUUAUUGCAUGUGGAGCAGAUCUGAAUGCCAGAGAUAUAGAAGGGGACACUCCUAUGCAUGAUGCAGUCAGACUGAGCCGUUACCGACUGAUGAAGCUGCUGAUGAUUUACGGAGCCAACCCAACUUUAAAAAACUGCAAUGCACAGACACCGCUAGAUCUUGUUCUACAGUGGCAGACUGGCACAAAGGAAAUCCUUAACCAAUUUAUGGAAAAUUCACAGAAGUCACCAAAGUGAAGUUUGCUGCAGUGCGAAAAAAAAUUACAUCCCACCCCCUCUCCCAAGAAUGCCAGGUGCAUUCUCCUGGUGUGGUGAUUUGUGAGAACCUCAACACACUCACAACUGAUUUGUCCUUAGAAUUGAGUUUAAUAAUUUAAACUUGUUGUGGUAACGUGAAUAUUUUAUUGCAAUCGCUUCAGUUCUUAACUUGAUGAAAAUGGACUAAGAGACCUGAAAAGUCAAGAUUGUAUUCAAAGAAGAUUGGAAUCUCUGUUGAUCUUUUUGACUGUCAGUAACAAAGUUUACUCUGGGAUUCUGGAACGUUGAAGGAACAAGGCUGGGUGAUACUGGAGAUCUGAAAGUUGCAGUGUUUUGUUGGUGCAUGGUUAAAGUUUUAGACACACUGGAGGGAUAAAGUUUUUAAACACUUGCUUGAAAGGUUUCACUAUCUGAUAUCUAAUCAGCAAUGGCGUAAUUAAGUUCCAUAACAUUCCCCCACCAUGUCUAUUGAGAUGGAAAUUCAAUUAUUAAAAGUUAUUUAAAAAUAGUUGGAUUUGAAACUGGGAUCUUGAAUGAAAUGAAGGUGUGAGUAAGUACUGUAUAUGGAAAGUCAGUGAGGACUUAUGAAGCUUAUGAACUGAAUAAUUAGGAUGUGAUUGACUGUAUUUAUGAUGUAAAAUUUGUAUAUUUAUAUAAUGUUUUAAAUUUGUAAAUUUUGCAUAAUUUUAAGCAUUUAUUGUUAUUUAUCUGCAAUUGAAUUAAGAAAGAGUAAGGCUACUUUUGAAAAUGGAAUAUGAUUCCAAUAGCUUGGACAAAAUGUGAAUGAGUAUCUUUUGUAUUGGGUGGCACAAUAAUGGGAUGCAGCUAGAGGAAAGUUUAGCAAGGAAAGAUAGUUUGAUUCUGGUGGUCGCUGAGAGGACAGGAAGACUCGGGGAUUUAUAGUGUCAUACCUAUGGACAUGUGGCAGAACAGAAUGCAACCUGAUCUCAGCAAAUGUAGGCAAAGGGCUUUCUGGUGGGCUUUUAUGUCCAGCUUCUGCUUUUAGGUAAUUAUGGGCAGGCUGCCCAAGAUUACAUGCUUGAAGCUCCCCCAGCACUAUGCGGUGUCCCACAAUGUUUAUCUGCUUGUCUUCUGCAAAAAGGGGGUAAUUUCUGACAUAUUUCAUGUUGCAUUGAGUUCUAUUUUAAAACAAAAGCUUUUGUAUGGUCCUUUUCUGUAUUUUUACCUGAGAUUUUCUCAGAAAACAUUGAAAGCAGCAUUGUAGACAGAACAUAAAUAAAGUAUGAACGUGG